AUGUCGUCUCCAACCUCCUCCUCGGCAGACUCCCACUCACGCUCUGGGGAGAAAUGGCCGCAGAACACGGAGCGCGUAUCGCACGACACUGACUCCAUCAUCUCCGUCUCCUCGGCCGAUGCUGAGGCUGAUGACGAGGCGCUGGGCAAGACCCUAACAGCGCACGCAUCGCGGCUCUCGGACCAUAUGUCGCUCUCGCAGCGGGUGACGACCAUCCCGACGAAUGCGACAGCGGACCCGAACUAUGAAGUCGACUGGGACGGCGAGGAGGACCCGGAAAACCCGAAGAAUUGGACGUUGAAGUAUAAGGCGAUGGGAUUGUUGUUCUUGUCGUGGAAUACGCUUAUCGUCGUCCUGUAUUCCACAUCCUACACCUCGGGUGUCGAACUUAUCGGCGAUGAAUUCAACCAGUCCGAGACCGUCGUCACCCUCGGUCUAACCUUCUAUCUGUUUGGUCUCGCCAUCGGCUCCAUGUUCAUGGCCCCACUCAGCGAGGUCUACGGCCGCAAGCCUGUCUGCGUGAUCUGUCUGGCCAUUUUCACCGUGCUGAUUAUCCCGGCUGCCCUGGCGAAGUCCGUGACGGCUCUGAUUGUGGUCCGCUUCUUCGGCGCGUUCUUCGGUAGCGUGAUGAUCUCGACAGCGCCUGGGAUGGUGGCUGAUCUUGUGGAUGAUGAGCAUCGUGCGCUGGCGAUUUCCAUAUGGAGUGUUGGGCCGUUGAAUGGACCUGUGUUGGGCCCCGUGAUUGGCGGUUUUGUCACGCAGUAUCUGGGCUGGCGCUGGAUGUGCUGGAUCGCGCUGAUUCUCUCGGCCGUGGCGCUUGUUCUUGCAGCGAUCUUGAAGGAGACGUAUGCGCCCACUCUGCUGCAGAAGAAAGCGGCGCGUCUGCGGAAAGAAACGGGGGAUGAGCGCUGGUGGUCUCGUUAUGACCAGAAGGCGAGUUUGUAUGAGAUUUUGAAGCUGAAUCUGAGCCGGCCUUUCGUGAUGGCUGUGACCGAGCCCAUCUGCAUCUUUUGGAACAUCUACAUCGCCAUCGUCUACAGCAUCCUCUACCUGUGUUUUGUCGCAUAUCCGAACGUUUUCCAAAACAUCCGCGGCUGGGGCCUGGGCCUCUCGGGCCUAGCCUUCCUGGGCAUCGGCCUCGGCGUGCUCAUCACGAUCGCCUGCGAGCCGCUCGUCCGCCGGCUCAUCAACAGCCACGCGAAGGACCCAGAAACGGGCUGCGUGCACCCCGAAGCAAUGGUCUCCUUCGUCUGCAUCUGCUCAAUCCUCAUCCCAAUCGGCGAGCUCUGGUUCGCCUGGACCUGCUCGCCGGCCUCAAUCCACUGGAUCGUGCCCCUGCUCGCAGGUAUCCCCUUCGGCGCCGGCAACACGGGUGUCUUCAUCUAUGCGUCCAACUACCUGACCUACAGCUAUGGCAUGUACGCGGCGUCCGCGCUGGCGGGCAACUCGGUGAUUCGGAGUGUGCUAGGUGGAGUACUGCCGCUUGCGGGCGGGUACAUGUACGCCAGUCUAGGGCCGAAUUGGUCCGGCACGUUGUUGGGCUUGCUGGAGCUUGCGAUUGUGCCGAUACCGUUUGUGUUUUAUAAGUACGGGCAUAAGAUUCGCAUGAAGAGUAGUCUGAUUAUGCGCAUGCAGGAGGAUAAAAUCAAGCUGGAGGGGAAGAGGGCGCGCAGGACGCCGCAGGUGCAGGGGGGUUCGCUCGCGAAUGAUGUGGAGAAGCAAAACGGAGAUGUUUAG